AUGCCUCCUAUAGGGGCCACUUCUGCAAGCUUUAGCGGUCCUAGGGGUUGGUAAAGUGGUUGCCCCUUUAGGGACCACUCUGGAGUUCCUAAGUUGAGCAAUAUAAAAGAUAGCGCUAAAUUCUCAGAAUUUUUCCUGAUUUAAAAAAUAAAAAUUUCGAAAAAUGACAUUUUAUGUUUAGAAAAGCUAACUUGAGCACCAUUAUCACACUCAACAAAGGUAUCUUUUUGAAAACACACUUCUAAGUUUCGAGAAAAAGGCUAAUAUUUCCGAAAAAUAAUCUGACUUUGAAGGAGCUUAUUUCAGAAAAUAAUCCUUCAAGCUUUGGAAAAUUUCCAAUUUCUCAAAAAUUAUUUUUCAUGCUUCAAAAAAUGAUGAUUUAAAAAUAGCGUUGAAAAUUCAAAAAAUAUUGGCGGGAAACACGAAUUCAUAGGGAGCUGUGAUCUUAAUCAAUUUUUCAUGAAAAUUCGCGAAUUUGUUUCACUUUCUACAAUAUUUAUUCCAGGCUGCUGCCCGGCGUUGACCGUGACGCAAAAUACGGGCGAAUUCGCCAACGGAGACAUGACUUUCGCCUACAAUUCGGACACUUGUCGGCAAACCGUCCUUCUCACUUGCUCGUGAGCUUUUCGGCCUACUGUAGGGGAAGAUUACUGUAGAAUGAAAUCAUGAGACUAGUAAAGGAAAAAGAUUUGACUAGGGAUGUUUAAAACUUUCGAUUUGAACGAUUUCCUAAAAAUUUUUAGUCGUUACGGUCGUCUGAAUCGGACUUUCGAGCAAGAACCCGUUCUAUAGAUUUCAAAAUUUGGAAAAUUUUUUUAUUUUUUUCGACAGCUUGGAUUUUUGAAAAAAAUGUUUUUAGGCUUGAUUUGAAAAAGUUUGUUUCAGAAAGUAUAAUAUUUUUCUGGAUACUUAUAAACUUAUUUUUUGAAAAUAAAGGUUAAAAUCAAUUUUCGCUUGAAAUGUUUCGAUUGAACAUGUUUUUUUUUUCAGAAAUUUUUGUUUGGUUGAAUUUUUAAAUCGGACAACUACACAUGUAGAUCAAUCCUUUCCAAGAUGUAAAUUGCGAUUUUCUCACAAAAAACAACGUAUUUUGGAAAGUUUCAAUAAAAAUUCCGAUAUAGUCUAUUCAGAUUUUUAAUGCCAAGUACAAUGACGUCUUUCAAAAACACUCUGUGAAUGGCUCGCUCUUUGAUUGGUUUGUCGCACCAUUAGGGGCGGAGCUUAAGCGACGACUUGACAUUCGAAAUCUGAACAGACUAUAUGCGACAAGAAGCUACAAUAUGUCAUCGACAUGCCGAAAAUCAUAUUUAACUGACCUCAAAGAAACUUCGAAUAUUCCUUAAAAAAGCGUUCAGUACGCCGGAUCCGUCUCUCGACCUCAACGCGGGUAUCGUCGCCAAUUCAGUCAAUUUUCUGAAUUUCACUGCGACCAGCACGACUUUCCCGCUCACUUGUCAAGCAUCUGAUAUGCGUUGGUGAGCUUUUUCAUCAAUUUCUCUAAACUGCGAAACGAUUCAUUUUAGGUACGUGACCGAGCCUGUGCCACUACGCGUCGAUACUUUAGAAUGCAUCCUGGCGAAUCCUGCUUGA